UGGCAGCACUUGUGUGGCUCCCGUGCGACCGAUAACAAACUUCAGUCUCACCGGCAGAAAAAAAAAAAGAAAAAAAAAAAACAUUUGCAAAAUAUGACCGAAUAGUCUGGAUCCCUGCCACUUCAGAGAACCUGUCAGACUUGUUGAGCGUAGCUUUCUUAGCAAAACAAAAGGCAGGACACAGCUACUUUUAAAGCGUUUUCUAAACUAACUGAUCAUCAGCAAAAACGACUUGUCUUUAUGUUCUUAGUUUUGUUUAUACGGGUAACUUGAGUAAAAGAUAUUUAAAGUUAGGCUACAUUUGGUUUUAGGUUGCAUGAUGAAAUUAACCAAGACGAAAACAAACUCGCUCCUCACACUGAUUCUGCUGUUUCACACCAUGUCUGAGCAAGCAGGAGCUUCUCAUGAUGAUGAUGAUGACGAGGUGAGGAUCCUGAUGGUGGGAAUCCGAGGUCAGUCCAGAUUCAGUGCUGCAGAUCUUCUGUCAGGAAGGAAAGACGGUGGACAGGAGGACAGAGAGAUUGUAAAGACUCCAGUAAUUACAGACGAGGCUCGUAGAAUGAUGCUGAUCACUGGACCGAACCUCUGUGAGGAGGACACAGAGAGACAGACCUUCACAACAGCGCUGUUUCUCUCGUCUCCUGGACCUCACGCCGUUCUAAUGCUCCUGAAUCUGGAAGAUCAACAAUCACAACAGUGUGAUAUUGUGAAACGAGCUCAGGAGCUGCUGGGAGCAGAAGUCCUGCAGUACUGCAUUGUUCUUCUGCUGCAAAAUCACCAGGAACCUUUCACAGGAGCCUCCAGAGAAAUGAUCGAUGCAUGUGGAGGAAGAUUUCUCAUCAUAAGAGACUCUGAACCUAAACCUGCUCAAAGAGCAGCUCUCGUAGCAGAAAUACACAAGUUAGUUUGGCUCAACGAUCACAGAUUUUACUCAGUAGUGACUCAAGGGUUGGAUGCAGAAGAGUCCAGUCAAAGUGUGCAUGAAGAAAAUAAGAUGCUCUCUGAAAAACAUGACAAUUCAGCAGGAACUGCACGAUGGAUUUUACUAAUUUUACUGAACACUGCUUUUAUUUUCACUAAAGUAAGACAUGAACAUUUUCAUUUUGCGGAAAUACUCUUCGUGCUUGUUAUUUUUACCGUCACUUUAAGAGAGACUCUCAAUCCAGAUGUUUCUGUUCCUUUAAAUUUGAUUGUAUCCUCAACUUUCACAGUAGCCUCUGCAUAUAAAGACUUCGCAAAUUCACGACAUGGACACCAAAUCAUAAUGUUUUUAGUCAUGAUCUUUACAUUUCCCAGUAUAGUGUUCAUAGCCGGUCUAGGACUGACUGUAGGAACAGCGGUCAGUGUACGGACGUGGUCAGAUGUGAUCAUAGCGUGCCACGCUGCUCCCGGAGUCACAUUCGGGGCUCAUUUAUACACGGUUUACUCCAUUAUACCUGAUCAAAUGCAAGCUCGUACAACUCUCAUUUUUGCACUCAAGUUAUUCCUGUUCUGUUUCGUUGGAGUGACGCUCUCGAUGGGGUUUGUGACUGUAUUUGCUCUGUUUGGAGUGAAGAUGACAAUAUUUCUGCUAAUAUUAGGAUUUACAAAAAUGUAUUUCCAUUUAAGGAGUCUUUCUCUGAAACUGUUUAUUUUUUUCCUGCUUUUUCCAUGCUCUUCUCAUAAUGAUGAUGAUGACGAGGUGAGGAUCCUGAUGGUGGGAAUCCGAGGUCAGUCCAGAUUCAGUGCUGCAGAUCUUCUGUCAGGAAGGAAAGACGGUGGACAGGAGGACAGAGAGAUUGUAAAGACUCCAGUAAUUACAGACGAGGCUCGUAGAAUGAUGCUGAUCACUGGACCGAACCUCUGUGAGGAGGACACAGAGAGACAGACCUUCAUAACAGCACUGUUUCUCUCGUCUCCUGGACCUCACGCCGUUCUAAUGCUCCUGAAUCUGGAAGAUCAACAAUCACAACAGUGUGAUAUUGUGAAACGAGCUCAGGAGCUGCUGGGAGCAGAAGUCCUGCAGUACUGCAUUGUUCUUCUGCUGCAAAAUCACCAGGAACCUUUCACAGGAGCCUCCAGAGAAAUGAUCGACGCAUGUGGAGGAAGAUUUCUCAUCAUAAGAGACUCUGAACCUAAACCUGCUCAAAGAGCAGCUCUCGUAGCAGAAAUACACAACCCUUUAGAGCGGCCUCCAAAGCACACAAAGAGCUGCUCCAUUUGUCUGAAUGACGUAGAGCGCUCAAUUUACACUCUGAGUGCCCGAACAGGGAACAAUAAGUUGGGACCCAGCUCGCCAUCUGCCACAGGGAGGGCUUACAGUGAAAUCACCUGGGCUCUGAACGGAGUUGACAGCACCUUAGAGGGGAUGCACUUCGUAAAAGUGCGGGUGGCCAAGGAUAGUCCGAAUGGAAGGACCAUGUACUGA